AUGCUUGCGCCUGCGGUGCCAGAGAUCAUCGAAGAUGACGAUAUCGGGCUAGCCGUCGACGCCCGCACCGAGAGUCUCCCCGGGCUGCGCGAACUUGGGCCCCCCGAUCUCGUGCAUCUGGUCAAGCAAAGCGUAAAGGCUGGCGCGAAACAAACCGGUGUCUACCACCAUGUGACCGGAGUCGAUGCCUCAUCCUCGGCGAGUUUGGCUGCCUAUGUCAACACACUCACCUUCAACCCUUCCGACAAGACGCACAAGGUCGUAUCGGGCCUGUAUUGCUGUUACAAUGCUUUUUCGCACCUAGACAUGAGAGUUGAAGUCAAGAUUCCCGGUAGUGUUGAGAGCUAUUGUGUGGACGAGAGAGGCGAUCGGAGAGUGGCCACCGACAGUCUGUGGCUUGAAACAUUCUUAUGUGGAGUCUUGCGCGCCUACUCAUACUCGGAUGAUGGUAGUGGAGACACCAUCAAGAAGAUCAUUGGCGUCAGGAGGUUCAACCCGAUAACGAAUACCGAAAUGGAGCACAGGUUUUUCGAAGCUGCCGAGAAACUAUUUUUCAGCGGUCGACAACUGGGUUCAGAUCCGGAAAUUCAAAUCCCCAAUCUUGUUUCCAACCACCUGACUGCUGGACUUCUCAAAUAUAUCAAAACUGCUGGCCGCUAUGCUUCUGGUAUCAAUCUAUUCGAGAAGCUCCGGUCCAAGGAUGUCGAAAUAUCUUCGCUGCUUGCUCGAGUCCUGCUUGAUGGAGAUGAGGAAGUCCAAGCAGUAAGGCUACUACAUGACGCUCUACAGGACGUGCCCAUGGAUUAUGCGCUGCUCGACGCUCAGGCAACAUUUUGCCAGCAAAAGGGCGAAGGUUUAACCGCCCUCGAAUUGGCCAAGCAGGGAGUCACUGCUGCUCCUAGCGAGUUUAGCACUUGGGCUCGUCUGGCUGAAGUUUAUGUGGAUCUCGAACAAUGGGAUCUUGCUCUUCUCACACUCAACUCUUGUCCGAUGUUCUCAUAUCAGGAUAAGGAUUCACCGAGAAUGCCUGAACCCACACGAGUUCUCCUUCCUAUAUUACCAGAGACCGCAUUAGAUGAGAUUGAUGAAGGCCAGCCACGGCAAGGUGAAGCUUAUGACACAAUUCAUGUGUCUCUUCGGAAACUACAAGCUGCAGCAUAUCAAGGCACAUUCCUAAAAGCAUAUAGUCUCCUCACCAGAAUUGCUGCUUCCAUAGGAUGGGACUCCUUGUUGAAGACUCGCAGUCUUGUUUUUGUCAUGGAGGAAGAGUAUCGCACCGAGAGGACCCAUUCCAUGACCCCUAAGGUACCCUCAAGCAGGAAUGCCAGCACCGUUGCGUUAUCCGGCACACCUAAUGGCAAGGCAAAGGAAACAAAUGAUACAAUCUCGGAUGAUGAAGCAUCAGACGAUGAAGUUUCGCCUGUUGAUGAGAAGAACACAAAAGCAGAAGGCUCAUCAAUGUCCUCCACACUCAACGGCGGUACUGGUGAGAAUGCUGAGCUUAACACUGAUCGAACCAUGGAGAAGCCUGUUCCAACAAUCGCUGCAGAAGAAGUCAAAUCUGGGAGCGAGGAUCCAGACGCCGCUCAUGCACAGUAUCCACAGUUUCAAAACAAGCGACUAUGCGAGCGAUGGCUAGACAACCUAUUCAUGGUGCUGUACGAAGAUCUUCGUAUAUACACGAUAUGGAGAACGGAAAUGGGUCAAUAUCGGCAACAGCAGAUGCAAUACAAGAAGUCGGCAUCGGAAUGGGAAAUCCUUGGCGAUUUGGCUGAACGAUUACACCAUACGAAUGAAGCUUUGGAAGCUUACCAGCAGUGUCUGAAUAUCCGUUUCUCCCCCAAGGCCAUGCGAGGGUUACUUCGAAUGCACGAGAGGAAGGGAGAUACGAGAAACGCCUUGGCUUGCUUGAUUCGCUUAAUCACAUGGCAGUACCGAUGGUACUCGGAGUUUUCGCCAGAGUUAUUCUAUUCAAUACGCAAACUUAUUGAAGAGGAGGGCGCUGUUAAAAUCCGAAGUAUUGUGCAAUCAACAAAUCUGCCUCAGCAUGUCUUGGAUCUUACUCACGAAUACUGUCAAGAGCUGGCGGAUCUGACGGUCUCCCCACCUGAUGGCAUCACCGUGGCUUUAGCAGAUGAGUCAAAUUUGUUUCUGUGGAAAGUCGACAUGGACGGGCCCUCUGAUUCUCCUUAUGCUGUGAGUCCUCCACAGUAUGCUCUCAAAAAAAUCAACGACCUUGACAUCCAUCUCCUCCCAUCCAUUCCAUCUGAGGUCCACUAUCCCAAGUUACUAACCACAAGACAGGGCGGCCACUUCACACUCAACAUCACACUCCCACCAAACUACCCAUUCAAGCCACCAACAGUGACCUUCACAACGAAGAUCUACCACCCCAACAUUUCGAACGACUCACCACCCAACUCCGGCACCAUGUGUCUCGGCAUGUUAAAGGAUUCAGAAUGGAAGCCAUCGACCAAAAUGAGCGCCGUGCUGGAAUUUACUCGACAGCUAUUGAAGGAGCCUAAUCCAGACGACGCAGUGGAAUCCAAAAUCGCAGACCAAUAUCGCGGUGACCGGGCCGGCUACGAGCGAGAAGCCAGAGACUGGGUGAAGCGCUACGCCACUAAGAAGUAG